AUGUCUGUGCCUCUGUCUGUUAAACCUUUACUAUAUGUAUAUACAAGCGCACUGAGCUGGUUCACCCUCAAGUCAAACUGCGCUUUCCCUACACCUACAGAAGCAAGGAGCCCUGCCCCAAGCUGGGCGGGGGGGGGCGAUAAAGAAGAAACAUCGAAGGAAAACAAGGAUGAAAAGUCAGGGGAGACGGAACCACAGGGAAAGGUGGAAACCAUUUCAGAGAAGAUAAAUUCAGAGAAGAACGAGGAAUCUCUGGCCCCUGAGAAUGAAUAUGUGGAGAAGUUCAGCCAAUGCCUCAACCACAUCCCAAAGCUGCGCUACUCCCUGGGGUACGACCACCAGAAGAGAGAACUGUGUGUUUCUUUCCUAGAAGCUGUUGGUUGCCCACUUACCAAGGAGGAGGAGCCUGGGAGUCACACCUACAUCGUGGGCACUCUCACCAGCAAUGGUGGACAAACAGAAGCCCAGACCUCGCUGAGGAAUAGGACCCCACAUACAGUUUGGGACGAGGCUCUGCUGUUCCCCUUAUCAGAGGAGGAACGAGUAGAGGCUGAGCUAACACUCACCUUGAGGCACUGUGACCGCUACUCCAGGCACCAGGUAGCCGGGGAAAUCACCCUGAGUCUGGCUAAUCUAGGGGUUCCCUUUGGAGCAGCUCGGUGGGUGGGACCUCAGGCCUCCUGAGAAGGUCAGUACAUUGGUUUUAUUCCCCUUUUAAUUAACCACUGGAUCAUUGUUAUUUAGGGGUCACUUUUGCACGGAGUAAGUUAUGGGCCAGGGCUUCUGUAAGAUGCCACAGUCACUGUCUGUUGGGCUGAUGUGGGGCUCAAGCCAAGGGAGUCAUGGAAUUCUGGAAUUAAGUGCCACAGUGGAAGAGAUAGGAAAGGAUAAAGGGGAAGUAAAUACUUUCAAAUGACAACUGCCCAGUGUAUGUGGUGUAAACUAAUAGAAAGGCAGAAGGGGGGCUGCAAAGGCAUCUUCAGGGGCACAGAUAUUCCCUACUAAAGGGCUGGUAUAGAAGCUCAAAAAUAUGUGCAGCCUAAUCCUUGUCAAGCUUUAGUCACAGAACCCCUCAGUGACUGCUAAUAUCCUUAUCAUUUACAGUAGGGGGUACAUUAUCCCUUAUAAUACAUG